AUUAAAAAUUUUUUGACAUUCUUUUCCAUCGUUUUAUUUUUAUUUACUCUAUGUCGUCAUAUGUUUAGCGCACACGUGUUUAUGUAAAAAAAUCUGGGGCGCUACGUUUUUAGUUUGAUCGGACUAUCUUUUUACGAAAGAGAAACUAAUAGAAGAGAUGGUAGUGUUUACCUGUGGACAUUGCGGCGAAUCGGUACAAAAACCAAAAGUAGAAAAGCAUUAUCUCACACAAUGUAGGAACCGUACUCCUAACUUGUCCUGUAUGGAUUGCUUUAAGGACUUUUUAGGCAAUGAUUAUGAGGCUCAUAUCAAAUGUAUUACUGAGGAGGAAAGAUAUUCCGGGAAAGGUUUUACAGCAAAAGAGAAGAAAGGUGAGAAAAAACAAAAUGCAUGGGUUGAGAUGUUACAAUCCGUGUUAGACGAGACUGAAACUAAAUCUCCUAAUGUACUUAGAAUUAUUGAAACUAUUAGUAAACACAACAAUACUCCAAGGAAGAAGCCAAAAUUCGUUAAUUUUGUUAAAAAUGUCUGCGGUCAAAAAACGAAUCCAAAAGAUAUUGAUCAAGCAUGGGAUCUGAUAUCAGUUAAGCUGGCAGCUUUAUCACAAGUUAAUGGUAAUAGGAAUAGUAAAGAGAGUGUGAAUGCUGAAAGUAGUGGAAAAUCUGUUGAAAAGUCAAAUGGAAAUUCUGAUAGCAAGCCAAAUGGAAAUUCUGAUGAUAAUGUGAAGAAUGGUGAUGAAGUUGGAGAAACUAAAGAUGAAGAGAAUGGUACAGCUGAAAAUGAUGUGCCAAAAGCAAAUGGUAAUGGCGAUGUCCCUGAUAAGAAGUUAUCUAAGAAGCAGCGUAAAGAAGAAAAGAAAAAGAAGAAGUAUGAAGCUGAGUUACAGGAUGCUGAACAGCCUUCUGAAGAAGUUGAUGAACUUCAAUCAAAAAAGAAAGGAAAAAAGAACAAAAAUAAGGAGGCUAAAACAAAUGGUACAGAUGAAGCAGAAGAUGAUGGUACUGAAGGAAAGAAUAAAAAAAAGAGGAAACGUCAGGAUACGGUUAAUACAAUACCUGAAGUUGUUGACAGUGAAAAUGCGAUUGAAAAUUCAAGUAAAGUAAAAGUACAACAGAAGAAAAAAAGGGUUGAUCCAGAAGAAGACAGUGUUACAUUGCAUGAUCAAAAUGUAGCUAAAAAUGAUGAACAAACAAAAAAUGAGAGUUUCAAUUGGCAUGCUGUUAUUGUGUCUGUUCUACAGAAGAAAGAUAAUGAAGUACCUUUCAAAAGGCUGCAAAAGAAAGUUCUUUCGGAAUAUUCGGAAAUUACUGGCAAUGACGUCGAUGAUAGGAUUGCAGAGAAAUUUAUAAAGAAACUGAAAAGCGCUCCAAAUGUUAGAGUUGAUAAAAAUAGAGUUGUUCUCGUACAAGAUAAUGAUGAUUAGGUAUAUUUUACACUCUUGUAUCUCAAGAAAAUACUUGUUUUAUCAUAAUAAGAAUAUUACCUAUAGCAUUUUAUUCUAAUUUUACUAUUUCUAUCAAGUGUA